AUGGAUGCUGACGUUCCUGCUAUUCCUGUGGUAGAAGUUGUGCCUCCACGAUUUGACGUAGAGACGGAAAAGCACCUGCUGUCUGACUACCUGGAAGAGCAUGGAUAUGCAGUAGUGGCAAGUGUUGCUGAUGAUGCAGAGUUAGCGACAGCUCGGUCCUUGAUGUGGGAUUUCCUCGAGGCCUUGCCGUGCACACGGGUACGGCGUGACGAUGUGCGGACGUGGGACGAUAAGUAUGACUGGAUUCCGAAUCCUGCCAACGGGAUCGUCCACGGUUUCGGAUUUGGCCAGUCAGACUUCAUGUGGCAUUUGCGGCUGCUGCCACGUGUCAAGGCGGCUUUCGCGGCAAUUUGGAGCACCGACGAUCUGCUGGUGUCCUUUGACGGUGGAAAUAUUUUUCGGCCGUGGAAAUACAAAAGGUCAUGGCUGACAUCAGGAGGUUGGUAUCACUGCGACCAGAACGCACGGUUCAAGGACAGCCAGGGCAAAGUUUGCAUACAGGGGCUUGUCACUCUUUUCGACGCCGCUGCGGAUACCGGUGGCCUUGUCGUCAUUCCUGGCAGCCACCGCCACCAUGAAGAAAUCUGCAGGCGGAGUGCUUUGGCAAAGCGGAGUGGUGACUUUGUGCCCAUUGCAGUAGACGAUCCGAUCUUGAGCCAGGGCGGCGUGCUGCUGCGUGCCCAAGCGGGCGACUUGUUGUUGUGGGAUUCGCGCACAGUUCACUGCAACACACCGGCUCUGACAGCUUUGCAGGACGCUUGGAUCGAAAGCACACCUCCGCAAGAAGGUUGGCAACCCAUUCGCCAGGUGGGUUAUGUUUGUAUGACGCCGCGCAAGUUUGCAUCAGCCGAUGUGAUCGAAAAACGGAAGGAUGCUUUCGUUAACAACGGUAGCACGAGUCACUGGCCCCACAAGUUUGUGUCUGGGGGACCUGCGUUGCCGAGCACAACGCAAAAAGACCCAGAGACGAUCUCCAAGGAGCAGCGGUUGCUGAUCGGCUACGAUAGACAGACUUCUCGAUGUGUUGUACAGUGA